AUGGCACAGCAACAUCGAGAGAAUAUUGAGUAAGUUUAAUUUAAACUUAAAAUUAAUAUAAUAUCAAGAGUUUUGUUUAUGUAAUCAACUUCUAUAUUUUGUAGGAGAGCUCGAUUUAUGAGCGAACUGGAAAAUGAAGAGGUCAAUCGCCAGCUUUGUGCCAUUGAUACAGAUGAAAUGUUUGAGUCCUGGUCACCAGAGACGCAAGAGCAAAUUCUUGCUGAAUGGAACUGGCAAAACGAUGAAUCAACUCCGAGAGAACCAAGGUUGUGUUGUGAUGAUUGUGGUCAGGUAUUUACGCGUUCGAACGAACUGAACCGGCAUAUGAAAACUCACAGUGACAAAGACCACGAGUGUUCGCGUUGCCAUAAGACGUUUAAUCGAAAGGUACGUAAUUUACAGGGAUAUAUUUCAAAACUUAGUAAACUAUUUUGAGUUAAUAAUAUCUAUUUAUAUGAUUUCAAGGAUGCUUUGAACCGGCAUAUGAAAACUCACAGUGACAAAGACCACGAGUGUUCGCGUUGCCAUAAAACAUUUAAUCGAAAGGUAUGUAAUUUACAGGGAUAUAUUUCAAAACGUAGUAAAGUAUUUUGAGUUAAUAAUAUCUAUUUAUUUGAUUUCAAGGAUGUUUUAAACCGACAUAUGAAAUUGCACGAGCGAUGUGGCGCGGAACGGGAAUAUACGUGUAAUGUAUGUGGUGAAGUGUUUCGAAACAUAUUCCCAUUUCAAGCCCAUCAGCGCGAAGUCCAUCAGACUGGUGGUGGUAGACGUACUAAGACGCCGACCAGGCGAACGAAAAGGCAAAGAACUGCUGAACCAGGUAUGUAUAAAUGAAAAUAUUUCGAUUACUGAUUUUGUAUUUAUACACAGAUAUUUUUCUCUUUUAAGAACCGCAAUCAUCUUCGACACGCGUUAACGAAGGUAAGAGAGCAUAUAUGCCGUGUAAUAAUUUGAGUUAAAAUCACACUAAUACAUUUUUCUCCUUUUCAGGAGCUUCUACUAUCGUCAGCGAAGGUAUGAAAUUCAAAUUUUUAUACCACACAUAG